ACAGGUACAUCGUCACAACCCUCUUUCUCGCUAUACAACCUCGGAUUAAUACCAAUUCGAUAAUCACAAACUCUACAAUCAUGUCUCUUCUCGGAAAGAAAUGGCCGGUGCCUGUCGCCAAGCCUAUGUUCCCUUUUUUCGCUGCCGGUCUCAUCGUUCUCUACGGUGUUAACGCCGCCGCCAACGCUUCAAUGGCCUCCAACGAAUGGAAGGAUGACCCAAGAAAUCCCAAUGCCAAACCCAAGGGCAAGCAAUAAACAGAUCGCAAUACAUCGACCGGAUUUUGGAGAGGAUUUGCGGGUUUGAAGGGGGGCAAUAUGUGAAAGAGUUUGAACGGAAAAAAAAAAACAACUGUGAAAUCAACGCCUGGACGGAUGGAUCGAUCUCAUAGCGUGGCUAUUACAAUAAGACGCUACGUCAAUCUUGUCACCACCGAGCAGCUCAUACUGUUGAAUCCAUGUCAUUUGUACAAAGCAUAUAGACUUGAUUUGUCGUCCGUGGACGGCAGAAAGAGAGUUAGUUGUACCAUUAUCACCUGAAAUUUUCCUAUGUGUUGUUCACUCUAUCC